GAGGACGAUGAACAGGAUGUUGAAGCAGCUAGAAAACGAAACCAAAAGGUAACGCUGGAGCAACUUUCUUUUGCUUUUGUUGGUCUUGGAUGAGCUACCAGUCAUUCGAUUAAAAAAUUUAGCAGUUAAUUUAGCAUGUUUGGUCAUGUUUUCGGCUAUAGUUGAGACAGGAAGGAACUACCAUUGUUAUUACACUACACGUCUUAUUUUGUUCCGUUUUUAAUAAAGGAGACUGAUAUAUUGACGGACAAUCUGGCGAAACACACUCUUAACGAUGGCGAGGUGCUGUUUGAAACACGUGACCUACGAACACUGGCAAAUCUUCAGGAGAGUAUGGUAAGGAGGUAAUAGUAUUAAGAAAGGCCGAGUAUUAGUGUUACUCACCUUGCGUGACACACACUGCCAUCCUGAGGUGACUCAGUCUCUCGCUUCGCCCUAUAUGUUUUUAAGCAACCAGAAAAAUUUAGGAGGCAGCGUGACCGAGUGGUUAGAGCGCCGGACUUGCAUUCGGGAGUCCCCGAGUUCAAGUGCCGCCCUGCUGGCCCGAUUUUUUCUCGGUAGUCCCGAGCUGACAUCCUCGAUCAUGCUUGCUGAAAAAAAUAGCCAACUGGUUUACCUCCAGUGAGUGACAGUGACAGUGACAGUGACCCCGUUAUGUUUGCUAAAUUUUAUUGUUUCGGUUGUUUUCUCGGCCCCACUGGCCUUUGCACUAUAAAUACUACCGAAGAUGAAUAAAGGAAUAACAUGAUUAUGAUGAUGAUAAUGAUGAUUAUGAUAGUGAUAAUGUUUAGGAUUGUGAUUAUGAUUAUUAUGCUUUUAUGAUACUGACGAUAAUUAUUACUUGCGUUGCGUGAUCUGCCUUUUGGGAUACCUGUGUUUUGACAGGCAAACUGGAAGGUAAACGCAUUUUUCACCUCGCGUAAAUUGCCAUUCGCACUGUGAGAGACUCACCACAGGUCAUUAGAUCUCUCACCACGCUAGACUCGCCUUGCAUGAGCAGCCUCGUAUGACAACCAGGGGAAAAGGCUUUGAUGUAAGUUGCACACUUUGUUGUUUUGACAGGAAUGGCUGGCAGGUCAUAUUCGAGGUUUUACCACCAGCCUAACAGCACAGUCCACAUCUAUAAGCUUGGUAUCGUCUGAUACCCAAGAAAGAAUCAAAGCGGUGAGCUCUGCAUCUGUGUUCUGGAGACGGUUUUAGGAGAAUGGGGUGAUUCGUAGUUGUUUACUAAAUGUUCCACUUUGUUUCCAUGCAUAGUUAAUAGAGUUGAAUUGGUUAUGAAGCUCUUCAGAGACCUUUGUUAUAUGUUUUUGUGGACUUGGCGGUGCACAACUUUCAAUAGCAUUCCUAUAAUUUUGAUCUUACUGGGCAAUAAAAACGUCGCGCUAGUUUAUUCCCUGUCAAUUUGUGAACAAAAAAGAAGGAUUGUGUACUGUCAGUGAGCUCCCAACGUAAGCUGUCGCAGUCAUGGUUGCCACAGGUCAGGAAAUGGUAAGGGAAAAUAAAAUUUCUUCAAGGUCAGGGAAAAGUCAGGGAAUUUCACUUCAAGUCAGGGAAAUUUUAAAGGUACAUUCAGUUGGUACUUUUUUACGGACAUGAAUCAUGUUGUAUUGAACAACAAGCUGAUGUUGUGUUUCCAAAAAAAUCACUCUUGUUUGCACAUUGUAUUAAGGAACUAUCAAUUCAUGCACAUUACAUGUGACUUGCUAAAAGCAUAAAUAAAUAGGUGGAGAGGAUGGGUGUGAGCGGUAUCAGGACUAAUUUGGGAAAUUGUUAAUUCACUUGGUUAGGGAAAUUUUACAUUUGUCAGGAAAAAGUCAGGGAAAAGUCAGGCAUUUUCAAAAACCUCUGGCUACGGCAACCAUGCCAGUGUUAUCUUUAUCUUUAAUGUUUGCCUUGUCUUCUCUAUUGACUAUAGUCUAAAAUAGUGUGUGCUCAAGCAACUAAAAAACUUGAGGAGACUGUUGUGGGUGGGACGGAGGGUAUUUUCCCUGUACUUCAGGAAAUCGGAUCUUUCUUCUACAGCUGAAUAAAGAGUCAACCGUUGUUUAAGCUGAAGUAUUUAUUUGAUGAAUUAGUUUCUCUAAACAUGAAUGCGUGUAACAUAGUAUGCAGUCUAUUCCCUCUAAGCACCUCAUAUAAAUCUGGCACAAUUUUAAACCACCUCACUGAUCUCUAAUAUUAAUGCUAAUAUUGUUAAUACUUUUUUUUUAAGGAGGCUGUCUAAGCGAUCGUAUUUUAAUACUUUUAACUGAAAACUCAUUUAGCUACAAAUAAAUUGAUGCCUUUAACCAAUGCAACCUAACUUAUGAAGGUUUCACUCUAUAAUAAUCUAUUACCCUUUGCGCAGAGCGGUUUUCUCCUGUCCGUUGGUACACAAACACGAAAACAAUUAUCUUCGCCGGUUUCAUUUACGCCAGUCACUCCAGUCAACCAAUCAUAGCUCGUGGAAAGUACACUUCUCUCGUGCCAAGCGCGGGAAACCUUGUGCAAUUGGUUUUCUUUUGGACCUUAUUGGUGGAAAACGGGGUGGCGAAGUUGUUUUAGCCAAUCAGAAAGCACAGUAGUGUAAAAUUAAAGCAGAUGCUUUUUAACACUGAAGUGAGGACCGCUCUGCGAAGUAACUUACCUUCAUGUGUGAAAACGAUAUUAUAAUAGAUGCUUUGAACUAUAUAACGUAUCUCAGCGAAUGAUAAAGCAAUUUAAUAGUAAUGAAUUAAAAUGAUUAAUUUAUACAUUAAAUGACACAAUAUUAAACUUGAAACAGAGAGAAGUCAAAAGUGGCUUUGGAAUUGCGUACGUUUAUGGUAGAAACUGGGUAAGUUAGUGUUACUAAGCUAUUUAAGAUAAUCAGGAAGUGUAUUAAACCUAUGUACUUUCCAUGAAUUAAACGUGUAAUUAAAUUUGCGACAGCAAAUGAUAUGUUAAACAGGAACUAAGGUGAUUAACUUCUCAUUUGGCUUUGUUUUCCUGGUUUGUUCGGGUGCUAAAUGUUAUUUUCUCUAACAAUAACCAACCGCAGCUCGGAGAUAUCAGAGAAGAGUUAAAUACGUCUUAUAAAUUCCUCGCCAGCCACCGUAAAGAAACUCGAAUGCUACCGUUUUCAGUGAAAGCCUGAAUGACUGUUGGCGGUAAAAUAUGAAACUUAACGUGGAUACUUACUAGUAUUUUAAAGAACGUUUAGAAGCAAUGUUGGGUUUUAGCAGCACUACAUUUUCCUUUUACAGCCGAGUUCUGAUAAAGCUUUCCAGGUCAGGAUAAUUUGAAUGUUAAUCCUAAACCGCCUUUGUGACAGGCGACAAAAGGGAGAAAGAAUAAAUCAAGUGCAUUUCUUCUUGCACGCGUUUCAUAUUUGCUUGAACCCAUGUGCAUCUAUCUAGUCUUAAGUGUACAUGUUCAUUGUCACUUUUGUUUGGCUGUUUACGUUGCAGCAAGAGAUUCCGCCAGUCUCUGAAGAAAUCCUAAAGUGAGUAUUUUCAAACGUUUAUACAGGAGAACAUUUAUUAUCAGACUUCAAAAUAUUUUUGUUAACCGGUUGUCGUUUGAGGAAUUUUUUUGGUUGUCCAGCAAGUUCGGCGUUAGGUGUAAGCUUGUGUAAGCGCCCUUUGUGCCAGUCCCGCGCUUGGCAUGGGCUUAACAUUUUCCCGCGUUUUGUGCCACUAUUGCGCUUGGCAUGGGCUAUGCAUAUUCCCGCCUUUUGUACCUCUAUCGAUUAAUUAACAAUUAUUCCUCGAGCUCGAAUUAAAUGGGCUCUGAGUCAAUAGCCCAUGAGGCCGAAGGCUGAAUGGACUAUUAAGUCAGAGGCCAUGAGGGCGAGGGGAAUAAUUGUUUUAGUAAAAUCCUAACUAGUUGGUCAAAAAUAUCGAGAAUAAAAAAAGUUUAGCUAGUUAAAGCUAGACGUUAAUCCUUUUUUGCCGCCAAAAAGCCUGCGCUUUUCGCUACUAGGGGGCGUUAACAUAUAGCCUAGUAGUAGCUCAACCAAUCAGAACGCAGCAUUGAUAAUAGACCACUAGUUGGAUUUUACUAAUUCGACAUUCCCCGUCACUUUUCAAUAAUUCCCUAAGCAAAGGUUGCAUGUUAAGUUUGUGUCGAAAUUCGUCUGGUUUUCUUUUACUCAGUCAAUAUUUGUAGUUGCUCUAUGUGUUAGCUUACAACGAUCAUUUAUUUAGAAACAUUUCAAUGCGGAGAAAUUUAUGUCCUCAAAGACCCUGAAGCGACUUGUCAGGACUAAAUAUCCAUUUGUUGACAAUAUUUUCGCUGGACCUUUUAAGAUGAAAAACUUGCGGUGUGGGUAAUAGGGUAGCCUCUUUCAUACGUCCGUGUAUAAGUUUCUUACUAUUUACAGUGUUUCUACUUUGUUCAAUCCAUCAGAUCUCUGACGACGCUCGCCGAAGACUUUCAGAACAUCUCUGAAUCAUGUUUGCUCGUGCUUCACCUGGAGAUCCGAUGCCACUGUUUUUACUACCUUAUGAGAGCUGUACAGGAAGUAAGCGACUUUCGCUUUACUCAGCAACAAACAAUCUCAUGAAUGAAGUCUCUUGAAAGAUAAAACGAAUCAGUAAUGAUCGCAUUCCACGAUGUAAUCCACUGAUUCAAAAGCAAGAAUAACCCUAAUUAAGCAUAACAAGUAACACCAUAGCAUUAUAGGAAAGUACCUGCUCAGUAGCUUUCAUUUGAAUGCCCUUGCUUCAGGAUUUUAUUUGCAGACUCAGAAUUUAGCGCCACCUUAAAUCAGUGUAGUGGUGCAGAAAAGCACCACGAAGUAGCUUUUCGUCUCUUGUCGAUCUUAUUGACUGGUAAAAUUCAGUUUAUUCUGAAGUCUUCUGUGUUUUCUGAUUAGUUUGUGGUUUUCCUGUCAUUGUGUUAAUUCAAUCUUUGUAUUUUUCAGUCUUCCUACAUGUGCAGCUCUAAUGCUAUGGACCCAGAUUCCAACGUCAACAAUCUGAACAAACGUUUGUCGGCCUUUGAGGAGAUAGCGACCGCUUGUAUGGGGCAUUACAAGUUCAGGUAAAUUGACAAACAAAGCCACCGGUUGGGUUGAGUGUGAAAACACCCCACGGUGUCCACCCAAAGGAGGUACCUUUUUUAGGCCUCGGGUAUAUCAAAGGGUAGUGACUUCACUAGAUGAAGUAAAAGAAAGUGUACGGAAAUCUGUCAUUACGUUUUGUCAGAGGACCUAAAAAGGCUGACAGGUGCAUUUUAUGGCUGUGAAAAAGACAAGAAAACUUCCUGGUUCAGUGUGAUUUUAUUUAUUUUUAAAAGACGGUGCAUUUACAGCAGUUAAAAGGGAUGCAGCGUUCUUAACCAGUGUGUGAAAGAGGCAUCAUUUUUGUCAAAACGAGUUGGAUAAGGUCUUGGACUACGGGGCGGAGCCUUCCUGUACAAAAUUUGGUUGAGUACCCCCCACCUGGGGAAAACAUUGAACACUGUCUCUUGCAACUUGUCUCGCAAUCAAUUUUGUUUUCCUUUAUGAUGUUUGAAAAAGUGGCCCAUGGUAUAACAUACUGAGAAGUAGAACUUGGCUGUACAUUACACAGCGAUACACCUAAUGCUGCAGUGUAACGCUCCUCCUGUAAUUUGUGUAGCAACAAAAAUUCGAGAUAAGUUGCAUGAAACAUGGCCUAUUGCGAUUUUGCUGAGAUGGGAGCCAACGAUCCUAAUGCCAGCUUAUGCAGAAUUUCCCGUGAUGUAAGACAAUUUAAUCUUACCUCAUCAACUCAUUACAUAGAAAGCCCAGCUGAGGGUCAGCUGUCCAACACGCGAGCAACAUUUUCUGUAUUUAGUUCACCGGAGGAUAUAACUGUUGUAUUUUUUUUGUUUUCAGAUAUUUGUUUGAAGGAGUUGGUUUCCUUGUUUCGUCGAUUCUGGUUUCAAAUAUUUCGGAGAUCAAAAGGAUCAAUCAAAAUGGCAUUAAGAAAAUGUAAGGAGAGAAACCCCUUCACCCCUUUUUAAUAAUGGUCGCUCUUUUUCUUUUCCGCAAGUUAUGUUUAAAGUCUAGCCAUGAGGGCGCAGCGGCCGAGUAAUGGGUGGAUGGACUUGGUUGGUCUUUGUCAUUAUAUCUAUUAGUUUUAUUGACAAGAAACCUUACUUCGCAUUCUCUCUCUCGACCCAAUUUACACUUAUUAUUUAUUUUUCCCAUUUUACAGUUGUGGGGUAUCCUAGCCUUUGAAUGAACUUGAAGCUGAGGUUGACCUUGUUUUGAUACUCACCUCGUUCCUUUUUUUUGUGGAAAUUAUGCUUAAAAAAUACUCGUUAUCAUAAGAACAACAUGAUUUACAUAAUAAAGCAGGAAGGGUUGUAUCAAAACAAGGUCAACUCCAGCCUCGUUUUCACCUGUAACCGUAAAAUGGGCGAUUGCUUAAAUGGUUACCAGCGACAUAAUGUCAGGGGUAACAAAGCGAUAAACUGUCUUCUCAUUUGUACUGAUACACAGCAUUAUUCUGUUGCACAGAGCUCUUGUGACAGUGGUUUAUCAUCUCUAAUAGGCGUUUGCACUGAAGAGGUGAUGCGCCCUAACCUCCCGCCCCGUCUUGUUCAGAUAGUUUUCGUGCCGUUCCUGAGUACUCUUUGGACAAAGAAUCCAACCAAAGUGUAGGGGGCUUUUGUUCGUACUAAAGCAAAUCAUUUGAAAUGACGCAACAAAUGACACAAUUCCUUUUUUCCGGGUAUUUUACAGGUGCCGAAAUAUCUUUGCUAUCCAACAAAACCUGACAAACAUCACCAUGUCGAGAGAGGCGGAUCUUGACCGAGCCCGGCAGUACUACGAGUUGCUUUACUCAAAUCCUGAUGUAAGUACCAAAUCUCCCUCAGUUUCUGCGAGUUCAAUCAGCCAAUCACACAUAAACCUAAAACGACUCGCAAAUUUCUCUUUGGUAAACAGAGAGCGGCGAAAAGUCGAGUCUACAAAAGAUGAUGAUGUAAGUACCAAAUCUCCCUCAGUUUCUGCGAGUUCAAUCAGCCAAUCACACAUAAACCUAAAACGACUCGCAAAUUUCUCUUUGGUAAACAGAGAGCGGCGAAAAGUCGAGUCUACAAAAGAUGACAUUUAGAUUAUUUUUGAACUGUUACAGAAAAGAAAGAGUUUCGUGACCAGGAAUCUAGCCAGGUUCUUCCUCCUUUUGUAAAAAAUGUCGUUCAUAACUGAUAGGCUUUCCUUUCCUUUCUCAAACUUUUAAAGUGAAUUCAACUUGAGCCUUAAGUUUGUUCUUUCCAACUUAAUUGCUAAUUAAAAUUUUAGUCUUUGCCUUAUGGGGACACAACCUAGGGCAUAUAUUAUAUCCUCCACGACUUCAGGCUCGCUUUUCGGUUUGAAAUUUGGGAAAUUCAGCGUGCCUAACGGAACGGUACAUUCCGGUUGCACAGACCCGACCCGGGCCACCGCGCGUUUAGUAAUUGUUCUUGUAAGCUGGAUGCAAAAGAAGGGUACUGGCGACAACAAUUUUGUCAAAUGAAAAGGGACAUUUCGGUCCGACCGACCGAAAUGAGCGGGCGGGUCAAAGUGGACCACCUUCUAAGGUGGUCGCAAAUAUUCCGGUCAGACCGAACCGAAAUGGUCCGUUCCACUUGAUUUCUAACAGAAUUUUCCUGAAUUUUGGGCUGAAUGGAAAGCACCCCUAGUUUAUCAUCUUUCCUGAUCUAUGGAGCCAUCUUGCAUCCUCUUCACCGAAAUGAGGGUGCCUUUAAGGCCACGACUUGACGUAUCCGAGAUUUUUUCUCUCCGUUUUCAAAAAAGUGCGCAUCCACACGUAAUCACUUUCGCAAACCUUCGUGUUCGAAGACGACAAUCCGGCUUUUUCAUAAAAAUCUCCACUCAAGGGACCGUUUACAAACAUCUGUGUUUAUUGUGCCUAAAGACAUCGUUUAUGUCAACCUGGUUUCCAGGUUUAACCCUGGGAACGAGGUUGCGUUUACAUGUGCACGGAAGGUUUAAACGGAGAAAAAAUAUCAGUUUUAAAAAAUAUCUGGAUACAUGUGGAAGGGGCCUCGGUGACUCUGCGUUUGAAAUAGAACUUUGUAUGGAGUACUAAAGGUCUGAUGAAAUGUUUUAUUACUAUUACUGAUUGUAGAAGAAAUAGUUGCUCUUAAGCAAAUUUUGUGUUAUAUUUCCCCAACAGGAAACACUGACGUCUAUUGAUGAGCAAGGUGCUAAGUUUACCCAGAGAGAGUACGCUGACCUUCUGUCAUUGCAGGCACGGAGCCAGACCAUUAGAGAUCACAGUGCUCAUGAGCACCGUCUUAAAAGGCUUGAUGAGAUAUUUAAAAAAUAG